UCCUUCAUGACCACCUCGUCGUUCCUUGGCCUCGAUUUCUGACUCGCAUACCGCACGAUAUCCGUACCGCCUGCUCGAUACUCGGUACUCACACCACAUGCCCUAUAUCCGCACCACACGGACUCUGCGCCACCGCCGUAUAUUCGACCUUCUUCGUUCGAGGACUGUUGUUCCUUGGUGUUCGCUCACGCGAGCAAUCCUGCUCGUUCGUGCGAGCAUAGCUGCGGUGUACAUUACCUAUCUCCCUACUUACUGUUUCACGGCUGGAUCGGCGCCGCGCGUCGAUAUGUACAUAUGUACUUGGGAAGGCAGAAGUGAAGGCCUGGUUGCUCCAAUAGACAUCUGGGUUUUCGCGAAGGACUUUUUCUCUUGUGUUCCAUGAUUUAGUUAGAGUUCUAUGGAUGAUGGAUAACACCUACA